ACCGGGAGGCGGAGGUUACGAGUAGGCGGCGGCGGCCCGACCAGCUCCCUCCCUCUCCAGCUUUGUGUGUCGGGGGAAAGCGAGGCCGGCCGGAAGCGGGCAGAGCUGCGGCUGUUCCUACAACUUGCCUCCUGGAGCGGGGUCGGCGGUCCCCGAGCCUUUCCGCUUGCCUUUCUUGGGCCAGAAACGUGCAGGAGAUAUUUCUACGGAAUCGUCACCGCCCUGAUGGUGUGGGUUGUUUUUGUUUGCUUGUCUUCGAUUUCCACAAUUUAAAAUGCUAUUGGGCUUUUUUUUUUUUAAUCUCCUGAGCGGAAGAACCUGAGGGAUUGUUGAGGCGACGGGAAGAAGGGGGGAGGAGUAGGGGUGUCGCUGGGGCUACGUCUGAAUUGGUUCUUAAGUGACACGGCUGAACGGGCACGGACCGGGCCAAGUGCCUCUGGCCCAGACGGCUCUUGGAGCAGCUGCGGGCCCGCCUCAGGCACAGGCUCCGACUGCGCCUCUGGAACGGGAGCGGGAAUCAGCGGCCCGAGACCCUGUCUGGGGCACUGUUGGGAUUGGAAAAAUUGACCCACAGAUGUGGUUACCUGUUGCCUGUAAGUAAUUGAUAGAUGGUUUUCAGCAUUCAUUGUUUCAGCUACUGGAAGAAAACCAGAAGGAAUCCUGAGACGUGUGAUGAGGGAACAGUAUCUACUUACUGAAUGAAGAUUUCAGCUUCUUGCUACUGUGAACCUGUUUAUUAAAGAAUUCACCUGCCUUCCCUUAGUUAAAAUUUUAUCAUCUUCAUAGACUGGGUUUUCUUCAAGUUUUCCUGAUUCCUUUUUAUUAGAAGAAUUUCUGGUCAGAAUGUAACAGUUGAUCAAUGUCUGAUUGCUAUACAAGACAAUAGACUAAUAUUCCCUUUCUAAAGUUAUAUCUUAUUCACUCUAAAAACAAUCUUUGACAUAAAUAGAAACCAAGUCCUUGUUGAAUACUUUUAUUGAACAUGACUCAUGGAGAAGAGCUUGGCUCUGAUAUGCACCAGGAUCCUAUUGUUUUAACUUACCUAGAGGGAUUACUAAUGCAUCAGGCAGCAGCAAGGUCAGCUACUGUAGUUGACAAAAAGUCUACUGGGCACAGUGGAGAGGAUCAAAACUUCAAGAUUUCUGGAAAUAUAUUUCCCACCUGUCAAAAUAAUGGUCCGAGUCUCAACACAAAUACUUAUCAGGGAUCUGGCAUGCUACAUCUCAAAAAAGCAAGAUUAUUACAGUCUUCUGAGGACUGGAAUGCAGCAAAGAGGAGGAGGUUGUCUGAUUCAAUUGUCGAUUUAAAUGUAAAACAGGAAGCUUUGCUAGCUGGCAUGGUUGAAAAUGUGCCUAAAGGCAAACAGGAUAGCACAUUACUUGCCUCUUUGCUUCAAUCCUUCAGCUCUAGGCUGCAAAGUGUUGCUCUGUCACAACAGAUUAGGCAGAGCCUCAAGGAGCAAGGGUAUUCCCUUAGCCAUGAUUCUUUAAAAGUGGAGAAAGAUUUAAGGUGCUAUGGUGUUGCAUCAAGUCACUUAAAAACUCUUUUGAAGAAAAGCAAAAGUAAAGAUCAAAAACCUGAUAAUGUAUCUGAUGUAACUAAAAAUCUAAUCAAAGAUGGAUUUAUAGAAUUACCUCACACUGGACAGAGUGGAGCAAAGGUAAUUAAUGAACCCUUGUCAUGUGCUGCAAGACUCCAGGCCGUUGCAAGCAUGGUAGAAAAAAGGUCUAGUCCUGCUACUUCACCUAAGCCUAGCGUUGCUUGUAGCCAGUUAGCAUUACUUCUUUCCAGUGAAGCGCAUUUACAGCAGUAUUCUCGGGAACAUGCUUUAAAAGCACAGAAUGCAAAUCAGGUGGCAAGUGAAAGGCUUGCUGCUAUGGCUAGACUACAAGAAAGUGGCCAGAAGGAUCUUGCCCAUUUUCCAUUGUCAAAAGGAUUGUCAAGCCAUCUUAAUGGUCAAGCAAGAUCAUCAUCAAAUAAGCAAGUAGCUGACAAAAACGUUACAGCUUUUCAAAGUCCAAUGGGAAUCCUUCCAUCUCCUCCCAGAAAUGCAGAAUAUAAGAGCACAUUGGAGAGAAACAAUUUAAAACCAGCUGCCAAUAAUAGUUUGCUUUUACAUCUUCUUAAAAGCCAGAAUAUAACUAAACCAACUAGUGGACAUGAUCAGAAGGAGAGAGUUAGCAUUUUUGAGGAUAGUAGUACACCCACAACUAUUGAUGAAUAUUCAGACAAUAACCCUAGUUUUACAGAAGAUGACAGUAGUGGUGAUGAAAGUUCUCACUCUAACUGUGUCCCCAUAGAUUUAUCUUUCAAACAUCGAAUUGAAAAACCCGAGUCCAGCCAGCCUGCCUCUCUAGAUAAUCUUACUCAAUCCUUGCUAAAUACUUGGGAUCCAAAAGUUCCAGGUCUCAAUGUCAAAGAAGAUAGAGACACCUCCAAAAAUUCUAAAUUGAAUCCUCACCAAAAAGUAACACUUCUUCAGCUGUUACUUGGACAUAAGAAUGAAGAAAACCUAGAAAAAACAACUGGUUCUCAGGGAUCACAUAGUAAUGUGACAAAAUUCAGUGCACAAAGUAGUAAGCGAACUCCUGUAUUAGAAAGCCCCAACGUAAAUCAAGCUACUCCAGUGAGCACUCCACCUUUGCUUACAUCUGUAAAAGCAGAUUCACCUAUAAACCUUUCUCAACAGUCUCUAGUCAAACACGGUUCACCCCAGUAUGUUGGUAAUGUUCAACCCAAAAGACUGAUGAAUCCAGCAUCUAAACACUUGAUAGAUCUUACCAAAAAUAAAGAAUUGCAAGGAACUAAUAAGCCCAACCAAAAUGACAGUGCACAAAAUUCUACAACUUUCAGUGCCAGCAAGCUGUUACAGAAUUUGGCUCAGUGUGGAAUGCAGUCUUCUGUAUCAAUUGAAGAUCAAAAAACAAGCAAACAUCUGUUAAAUGUAAACAUAGAUAAACCUGUAGGUUUGAUUGAUAGACUAAGUAGUCCUCUACUCUCAAAUAAGCCAAAUAUACUUGAAGAAAAUAAUAAAACAUUCAAUAAUCAGUCAGCAGUUUCUGAACCUGGGCUCUCUGGUUCUGAAAUAGAAAAUUUGCUUGAACGACGGACAGUUCUUCAGUUACUACUAGGAAAUCCCAACAAAAGUAAAAGUGAAAAGAAGGAAAGAAUUUCUUUAAGAGAUGAAAGUUCCCAAGACCAUGCAGAUAAAGCUUUAAAUGAGCAAAUAUUAACUGUAAAAAUAAAAUCUGAACCUUGUGAUGAUUCACAUAUCUUCCAUAAUUUGAAUGUCCAUCAAAGCCAAGAUGCAAUAAGUAACAAAUUCUUAGGUGUGGUUCCUAAUCUGCAGAGAAGUGCAGCUGCUUCACCAGCAUCUGAGGACUUCAAAUCAGAGCCUCUUUCACCUCAGGACUUUUCUUUUUCUAAGAAUGGCUUGUUAAGUCGAUUAUUGAGACAGAAUCAGGAGGUUUACUCUACAGAUGACCUGGACAGAAGUCACAGGAAUAGUGAACUGACUCUUUUAGAAUCAAAGAGUCUUUAUACUGUUCCUAAGAAGAGGAAACUUCAUAUUGAACCUUCAGAAAGUCCAUUUAAAAAAAAGAUGAAAAGUCAUGUUUCUGAUGGUGCAAAUAAUCAUAAUCCUUCUACAGAAUUGUAUGGGCCUUUGCUUAACAAACAAGAAAUGAAAUGUAAUAGAAAUGAUCUUGAAUUUAAAUAUCCAGCAUGUCAUGGUUCAAAUAAUGAACAUGAAAAUAGGAGUUGGUCUAGAGAUGGUAAAGGCUUUAAUGUGUUGAAACAGCUGCUUCUCUCAGAAAAUUGUGUGAGAGAUUUGUCACAGCAUAGGAAUAACACUUUAACAGAUGUUAAGAAGAAAGGAAACAAAAAUAAUGUAAUCAAUAGCAAAUCUGAAUUUAACAUUUCUUCUUUAAAUGGAGUUAUGAAUCAUUCUAGUCAACUCAAUAAUUGUAUAGAUAAUGGGACAUUUUCAUAUCCUGUAGCAGUAAGGAGCCCUGCCAGUUCUCCCUUCCAGUGCUCUCCUGAGCACUUGGGUAAUGCAGUAUCUAGACAAGAAUCUGGGCAGUUAAGUGUGUGUCCCAUUCCCAGUGAAAAGGGUCCCAUUAAGUGGGUUAUUACAGGUAUGGAUAAAAAUGAAUGUGAAAAAGACUCACCAAGACUGACUAAAACCAACCCAAUUCUGUAUUACAUGCUACAGAAAGGAGGUAAUUCUGUUAGCAACCAAGAAGCACAUGACAAGGACAUUUGGAAUGAGUCAUUUGCAAAAAAUGCUUCACAGGUCACAGUCAAGGAAGAGUUGCUUCCUGCUGCAGAAACUAAAGUUUCUUUCUUUAAUUUAAGAAGCCCUUACAAUAGCCAUAUGGGGAAUGUAGCUUCCCACCCACAUAAUACAAAUGGAGAAGUUUAUGGACUCCUGGAAAAAGUACUAACCAUAAAAAAAGAAUCUGAAUAAAAUCUGCCAUCAAGAUUUGAAUCUUUGUAAAAUUAAUAUGAACUUGAAUACUUUAUAAAUAAGAGCAUGAGUUGAAAAUAG